ACAGAUUUUUGUUUGGAUAAAAAAAAGGAGGCAGAGCAGAUGGAAGAAGAAGUAAGAGCCGUUGUUCUGGGGUGGCAGAAAUCUGACAAAGCCUCAGUGAUAAACAGCAUUUUCGGUGGUGAAGUUGCGUCUGACAAACACUUUGUGAAGUCUGUGAGGAAAGACGGAGAAGCGAACGGACGGAGGAUAACUCUGAUUAACACGCCGUGCUGGUGGGAGAAUUUCGGUUUGCAAGAUUCCCCAGAUGUCGUCAAACAGGAACUGGUUUGCAGUGUCUUCCAGUGUCCACCGGGACCUCACGUCUUCCUACUGGUCAUUAAUCUCAGUUUGCCGUUCACUGAAGAAAACAGACUCAGCAUUGAGAAGCACUUCAGUCUGUUUGGUGAGAGGAUCUGGAGACACACUAUAGUGCUCUUCACACGAGCCCAUUCCCUGAAGGACAAAUACAGUGAUCAGCGCAUGAAGAAUCCAGAUCUGCAGAAGAUCAUACAGAGAUGUGGAGACAAAUAUCAUAUCUUUGAUUUCAAAAACAAAAGCGAAGGAGUCAAAGAACUACUUAUCAAGAUUAAUGAUGUUGUGGCAGCGAACAAUGGCAAGCAUUUUGAAACACAUGAUGACAUGCUUCUAGAGAUAAAGAGAAAGAGAAAAGAAAAUGAAGAAAGAGCAGAAGCAAGACAAAAAAAGUUGCAGGAUAAAAGAGAUCUGCUGAAAGAAAUGGAAGAAGCUGUGGCUCCGCUCUCUAAACUGAGGAUCGUUCUGCUGGGCUGGAUUCUGUCUGGGAAGAGUGCAACCGCAAACACCAUCUUCAAUAACGAAAUAUUUCAAACAGAAAGAGUACAAACGGAAACGGGCACAAAUUAUACAGGUGAUGUAAAUGGCAGAAAAAUAACGGUGUUGGACACCCCAAGCUGGUGGAAGUUUUUCUCGUCUAAAUUCAACCCGAAGUUUUCUCAGGCUACAACCCUGGAGAGCAUGGGCCAAUCACAACACAUGCAGUUCCCUCACGCCUUGAUCUUGGCGAUUCCUAUCGAUACUUCAUUCAAAAACGAGCAGAAAAGAAUCAUUGCAGAACAUAUGGCCAGUCUUGGAGAAGACGUCUGGAGACACACUAUAGUUCUGUUCACGUGGGGCGACAGGUUUCCAGACAUAUCGAUCGAGCAGCACAUCGAGAGUGAAGGUGAAGCGCUUCAGUGGCUGAUCCAGAAAUGCAGGAACAGAUAUCAUGUGUUUGACAACACAGACAAGAAUCGAGCUCAAGUCACGGAGCUGCUCCAGAAGAUCGACGAGAUGGUGGCAGAAAACAGUCUGUUCAGUCUCAAAACUCAAUGUGCCGCAGAAGAAAGCGUUCAUGUGUCUGACACACAACACGACGAGGAGAUAAGUCUGAGCACUGCCCAGUUACAGGAAUUAAUGGAUGGACUUCAGUGGAUGUAA